GGCUUGAUGUCUGAAAAAGCAAUAACAAGCCCGGCCGAAAAAAUUAAGUCUGGUCAAGUCAUACGGGCUAAAACUUAAAUUCGGCCCAGGCCCAUCAAGUCUCCCAGCAUGAACGAACGAUCCGGUCCUCCAGCCACGACCGCAAACCCUAACCCUAACCCUAACCCUAAUCUUAUGGAUUCCGACCACCGUCCUCCCUCCGCGUUCUCCUCUCCCAUCCUCCGCGUCGACGGCGAUGAAGACGAUGAUGAAGAGGAGGAGGAGGUCAAGCACGAGCUCAACCCCUCUUCUUCACCUUCUCACGAUCCCGAUCUCGCUCCCAAUCCUCAGCAUCGGCCCUUCGUUGAUCCAUCCCCUCACAUCUCCUCCCAGUUCUACACCUUCAACCGUGACUCCCAUUCUCUCAUGGUCCACUGCAUCCUCGAGGGCCGCAUCGCCUCCGCCGACGAGAUCCGCGCGGCGACCCCACGUCCCGUCCUCAGAUCCUGGCGCUCCGUCUGGAAGGACCGGAAUGAGGAUACUGCCUAUCUCACCGCGUGGAAGCGUAUUCAGGACAAGCUCCACGCCGGCGUGGGUGGCAUGCUUUUCUUCAAGAACAAUCCCACGCAACGCGUCUCCCAUGUCGAACAGUGGCAAGACAUCGUCGUCGCAUCCCAUGCUGACGCCGACCUCCGCCACCUAGGUCUUAAGGAGACCGUCGAUCGCAUCAAGCAGUCGUGGACUGUGGGCGCUAAGUUCUACGGCAUUCCCGAGUCGUUCAUCCGUGUCUGCCUCGCAGCUUGCCCUCUUUGCUCCUCUCCCUCCCUGGUCUCUGGCGGUGCCCGGUCCAAGCGGCGGCGGUUCGAGUAUACCGAAUCUUUAGACGUGCCUGCGCGCGAUGUGCCGCGGCAGUUGCAACAGCUUGCGGCGAAGCACAAGGUGGUGCUUUGCAUCCGCCAGAAGUAUAUUAGGUACAAGCCCUUUAUGGCGGAGGUGAAGGACUAUGCUUGCCACCGUGCUGGGGAGCCGUCGGCCUCUGCUUCUUCAUCAAAGAAAGCCCGGGUGUUGAAGAGGGAACCCUAUGCCUCCAAGCGGUGUGGCUGUGGCUUCCGCAUUCGUGCCAUUGUUCCGAUAACCAAUUAUAAUGAGAAAGAGAAGACUUUUGUGUACCAAGAGGAGGGCACUGCAGUGUUCAAGAUGUAUGCGGUGCACACCGGGCAUGAGCCUGGGCCUUUAGACGGGAAUGCGAGGAUCAUUCAUAGGUUGGUCGGUAGCAAAGGGGGUUUUGAUCAGGACCCAGAAGUUUAUGGUGUUAGAGAAGAGAUGGAGCCUGAAUCUUUUAGUGGUCUUCUUUGCAAGGAUGAUGGUGGGGAUCCACAUUUUGUGGUACUUCAGCAGGUGCAGCAAAUUAGAGUUCAGACAGGUGUUUUGGAGGACAAGGUCACCAAGAUGCCUCAAGAGUUGCUUGGUUCACUCUCCAGAGAGCUCUCUGAUAUCUUGCAUAGAAUUAGAAGUUUGGCUGGGCAACAACAUUCAGAUGAUGCACUGGUAAUUGGUGAUGAUGAAACUGGGCAUUGGGUGAAUGAUCAUAACCACCAUCUUGAUGGGCAGGGAAGUGUUUUUGUUAAUGGAAACAGUCUCAUGCAAGAAGAUGAGACUGAUUUUGAUCAAGCUCUAGGGGAUAUUGUACCAUGGGAGAGGAUGUCUGCAGAGUGCCAGGAAAGGAAGAUUCUUAUGAGUGAGAGCUGCAAGGCGGAGAAAUGGUUGAUGAAGGAAGACUGCAGUGACUUUGAUGAGAAGAACAUUCUCAAUUGCGUUGAGGAAGAGGACGCCAAAUUGAUAAAGCCUUUAAGGCAUGAUGACACCAUAAUCAGUGAUCCGAAUCUUGUAGGGAUGCAGGUGGAUGGUUUCUAUCACAACAAUGCUAAGUGGUAUGAUUCACCAGAUGGUUUGGAUCCUGGUGGGGAAUCUGUGGGUGGUGGAUUUAGGCAUUGAAGGAUAGCGCCAAGAAAUGCUCAAAAGGGAUACAGGAAGUGGGUUUGUAAAUUCUGUACACUAGAAGAGUUUUCACCAACUCAAGUUAUUAGCAUUUUUAGUUUGAAGUUUCUUGUGGGUGCCCUGUUGGAUGUUCUAUGUGCAGGUGGCCUUUUACAAACAAAUGAUAUUUACCAGUAACUUUGAGAAUAUAAAGUGUUUUAUUCAA